AGAAGACAGCUGGGAUAAUUUGCCAAAGCGCAUUUAAGGAUAUUAUACUUCCCCGUGAGCUCUACAAACAGACCAACAGCAACCAUGUCAGCACACGCCAGCCUGCUCCUUCUCAUCACUGUGUGUGUGUCCAUGCAGGAAGGAUUUGGACUUCCGCUGUCAGAGAGGCCUAAGUCCAGUGAUCUGGCUCCACCUCACAGAGUGCGGACCAAACGCUGUGCCUGCAACAACCAGCUGGACUCUGAAUGCCACUACUUUUGCCAUCUCGACAUCAUCUGGGUCAACACACCAAGUAAGACUACUGUUUACGGCUUGGGCAGCCCUCUGUCGCGUCGCCGUAGGUCCGCCGGUCGCUGUGUGUGUGCCGACUCUGACGACCACACCUGCACCAGCAUGUGCCAGGACAGCUCAUAUAACUCUUCACCGCAGAGCGCCAUAAAGAGCUCUCGUGCCAACCUGUUGACUUUCUUUAGAUCUAUGGUCAGAGCCUCUGAGAGAGCCAGGGGAUGGGCCUUCCCACCCAGGAAGGAAGCAGCCGGGGCCCCUGGGCUUCAUGAGCGCUAAAUGACAUGGCGUGAGGAGAGAAGAGUCAGCACCAGAACAAAUGACACUCCUCUAACGUGGAGAGGAGCAGAACAAAGGGCUGCUGAGAGAGAGACGUGUCACAUGCAGGAAGGCCACAGACCGGUGGGACUGCCUGACUAUUUGUCUGUUUGCACCCAGAAAUAGAGGGUGGAAAACAAAAUGUGACAGAGGCCUGAAGACUGAGAAUAGACGCUAGAUCCAAACCUUGAGGGAUGGAUCAGGCAUGAUGCAUACAGGCUAUUUGUGCAGCAAAAUAGUUAUUUUAGUGGCUGGAGGGACAAGGGUGGUCCAUGCUACUGGCUGACUCUGGCCAGGUAACCAUAGAGGAGAGAACUGAUGAUGUGUUUAUGCUGGUUGUCUGUGUUCAAAACAGUGGCAGACCAUUGCUGUCAUGAUGGAAAGAAUGUAACAGGAGAAUAUGACUGACAGGCUACUGAUACGAUCAUCAAAAUUAUGAAUGAGAUAACCACUGUGUUUUUCUCAUUCUUUUGCCUUUAUUUGAUUGUACAAUAACAACAUAUUAUGAUUGCUAUGCAGGUUAUUCAUCAGGGAAAAUGACUGAGGUCAUUUAAAGGUGCAAUGUUUAGGAUUGUUUAGGAUUAUACACUGAGCAUACAAAACAUUAAGAACACCUUCCUAAUAUUGAGUUGUAAAGUUGACUGGAUGUCCUUUGGGUGGUGGACCA